AUGAGAGUUCAGCUGAAGGGGGAUGUGAUCUGUACCCUCUUCCUGCUGGUAGCACUUGGCUCUCUACUCUACUCCCAGCUGGAACAUCUGGUCCCAGUAGGAAACAAGAGGCCGAUGCAGAAGAAGCCUUCAGUGAAACCAAAAAUAUUCCCUGACCCUGGAGCACCUCGGAGACCGAUGCCAGCAGAGGCAACGGUGCCCAGACCCCAAGUAACUCCUGUCAUCAGACAAACAGAAGUGGCCCAAAGCAGAGUCCAAACUACGACUCCGCCUCCAUCAACUGAUUCUGCCUUCAACUUCAAGCGCUAUCUCCUGAACAAGGAUAACAGGAACUUCAAUCUCCUCAUCAACCAGCCCAAGAAAUGCAGGAGAACGCCUGGAGGUCCCUUUCUGCUCAUUGCUAUCAAAUCAGUAGUUGAAGACUUUGACAGACGUGAGAUUGUCCGAAAGACCUGGGGCAGAGAGGGUUUGGUGAACGGGGAGCAGAUCCAGCGAGUGUUCCUCCUGGGAACACCAAAGAAUAGGACAGUGCUGGCGACGUGGGAGACCCUGAUCCACCAGGAGAGUCAGGCAUACCGGGACAUUUUACUCUGGGACUUCAUGGACACUUUCUUCAAUCUGACCCUGAAGGAGAUUCACUUCCUGAACUGGGCUGCUGAGUUCUGCCACAACGUGAAAUUUAUUUUUAAAGGUGACGCUGAUGUUUUUGUCAACGUUGAGAACAUCGUUGACUUCCUGGAGAGGCACGACCCUGCUGAGGAUCUCUUUGUCGGGGACAUCAUCUACAAUGCCCGCCCUAUCCGUGUCCGAAAGAGCAAGUACUACAUCCCAGAGACCAUGUAUGGGCUAAGCAUCUACCCGGCCUACGCAGGAGGUGGUGGCUUUUUGCUGUCCAGCCGCACCAUGAGGAAGCUCUCUAGGGCUUGCAGGGAGGUGGAACUCUUCCCCAUCGACGAUGUCUUCUUGGGCAUGUGCUUGCAGAGAAUCAACCUCAAACCCAUUUUGCAUGAAGGAUUCAAGACCUUUGGCAUUGUCAAGCCUUCCGCUGCCCCGCACCUACAGACGUUUGACCCCUGUUUUUACAAAGAUCUCAUGGUAGUUCACAGCCUGAAAGUUCCUGAGAUCUGGUUAAUGUGGAACCUGCUCCACAGCCCACGUCUUUCCUGUACUCAGAAGAAGCAAGUGAAGAAGCCUUUCCAAUGGAAAAAGAAAGCUCAGAUAACACAGGCAUCACCCCUCAGAUGA